AUGGCACCGGUGUCGACCGGUGGCUUCUCUAGCUUGAAAUUUUCGGCCAAUCGUCUAGUGCUCUCUGAUGGGUGUUUUGGUCAGCUUGUAGUUUCCAACUGCGGCAUUUCCAGUGCCCAGAUCUCUUGCUUGCCACCGGUAGUACUAAAUCUGGAGGCAUCCUCCGGCAGCGGUGGCGCUGGCUUCGACUGGUGGUUUCUCUGGCGUGAAGUUUCUGUCCAAUCACUCAAUUCUCUUCGGUGGAUGCUCCGGCUCGACCACUUCAAUGUGUCUCCAGAAUGGGAAGUCAAGCAUCUCAAUCUUCUUCAGAAGAGGCUUACUAGAUCAUGUUCCGAUCACUUCCCUAUUUUGCUUGAUUCCAGUUGUAUUCAAAGGGAAAAAAGACCAUUCAAAUUCGAGAAUAUGUGGUUGAAGGUUGAUGGCUUUGUGGACCUUGUGAGAAGUUGGUGGCUAUUCUAUCAUUUUAUAGGCCCCCAUAGCUUCAUUUUGGGAAAAAAAUUGAAGGCCCUCAAGGUCGAUAUCAAAAUAUGGAACGAACCAAUCUUUUGCAAUAUGGAAUCUCUUAACAAAGCAAGAGUUGCAGAGCUGAAUGCUUUUCACAAAUUGGAGGGAGUCAGAGAUCUAGACACUGAAGAGAAGGCGAGGAAGAGCCAAGUUGUUAGUGAGCUAGAACUUUCCUUGUUGCAAGACGAAAUUACCAAUAAUUCUGUUUCUUCUAACCAACCCAUUAUCAAGAAUCAUGUUGUCCAAUACUAUGAGUCUUUAUUCUCAAAGAAAUGCAAUUGGAGACUGAGAUUGGAUAACCUUGCCUUCGAUUCUUUGGAUGUGGACGAAGCUUCUCUUCUUGGGCUCCCUUUUGGAGAAAGGAAGGUUUUCAUGGUAAAAUGUAUGCAUAGAGAUAAGGCCCCAGGCCCGGAUAGGUUCUUUAUGGCUUUCUUUCAAGACUAUUGGGACAUGCUUAAAGCAGACAUUAUGGGAGUCUUCUCUGACUUUCAUGCUCGCGGUAAGUUUGAGAAAAGCCUUAAUGCCACCUUUAUAGCCCUUAUUUUGAAGGAGCCUGGGGCUUCGGGUCUCACGAACUUUCGCCCUAUUAGUCUUGUGAGUGAGGUUUAUAAGAUCAUCGCUAAAGUACUUGCCAACAUGAUGAGAACUUUUAUGGCGAAGAUCAUCUCCAAGCCUCAGAACUCCUUUGUUAAAGGUAGGCAAAUCCCGAACUCGGUUCUUAUUGCUAAUGAAUUUUUGGAUGGCCAUAACAAGUCCACCAAUCCAGGGGUGCUUUGUAAGUUGGAUAUGGAGAAAGCCUAUGACUACAUCAAGUGGAAGUUUUUGCUUUAUUUGCUAAAAAGAUGUGGGUUCAGGGAGAAAUGGUGCACUUGGAUAGCACAUUGUAUCUCGUUGGUGUGCUUUUUCGUUUUGAUUAACGGCUCUCCGUCCGGAUUCUUUGGCUGCUCUCAUGGGGUCAGAUAA